UCGCGAGGAGCAUCUUUGCCUCUUGCAUUGAUUCCGUUUGUUGCAGCGACAGCCUGUUUUGCAGUUCAUUGGCUUCUUGCAUCUUUCCAGAAUAUCAAAGCCCGGCUCCCUCUUACAACCCUCGUGUCCGCCCGAUUUAAGCCGAUGCAAUCUUAAUACCCAACCGAUCGAGACGAAACAAAAACGCGCCGAGACGGGGUGUUGGCAAUUGCGACAGCACCAAGCUCAAAUCACUAGAGCACGGAAAAGAACCAGAAACAGAAGCUCAGGAAUAAGAAGCAUCAGGACAAGAUGGUUUAUGUGCGGCAGCACAACCUCCCGGCCUUGAAGGAGUACAAGUACUCUGCCGUGGACCGGUCUCUGGUUUCGAAAUACAUCCUCAAGCCUUUCUACACCAACUUUGUCAUUCAUUGCUUCCCGAUGAACAUGGCGCCGAACCUCAUCACCCUGACGGGAUUCAUGUUCGUCGUCCUCAACUUCUUGACCAUGCUGUGGUACAACCCCACCCUGGAUCAGGAUUGCCCGAGCUGGGUCUACUACAGCUGGGCCAUUGGUUUGCUUCUUUACCAGACAUUUGACGCUGUGGAUGGUGCCCAAGCACGACGAACGAAGCAAUCCGGACCCCUCGGCGAGCUCUUUGACCACGGUGUCGACGCUCUUAACACAACUCUGGAAGUCCUCAUCUUUGCCGCAUCCCAGAAUAUGGGACAGGGCUGGAAGACUGUGGCCACUCUUUUUGCUUCUCUCCUUACCUUUUACGUCCAGACCUGGGACGAGUACCACACCAAGACGCUCACUCUCGGAAUCGUCAAUGGACCCGUUGAGGGUGUGCUCAUUGUUGCCUCUGUCUUUGCCCUGACCGGCUUCAUGGGAGGCGCGCACAUCUGGCAGCAGAGUGCCUUGCGUGCUAUUGGCGUUCCUGCGUCUCUGGGCAUUCCCGAGUUCAUCUACGAGCUCACCUUUACCGAGUGGUACAUGGUCCAGGGCACCAUCGUGACCAGCCUCAACACUUUCGAGUCGUCCGUCAACGUCAUCCGUGCUCGCCGUGCCCGCGGUGACCGCUCCCGAGGCGCCCUGCUUGGUCUUUUACCCUUCUUCGCUGUCUGGGGCCUUAUUAUUACCUAUCUCUACCUGCAGCCAAACAUCCUGCACCACCAUCUGAUUCCCUUUUCCCUCUUCGCCGGCCUCGUCAACUCAUACAGCGUCGGGCAGAUGAUUACUGCGCACCUCACCAAGAUGCCUUUCCCCUACUGGAACAUUCUCGGCGUCCUCAUCGGCUUUGGCGUUGCUGAUUCUAUUGGCCCGGUCCUGCUGAACAAUUACGGCGUCGGCUGGCCUAGCUCUCUUGGCGACGACAUCUACCAAACCGCCUUUGUGUUCCUCAUGCUUGGCACUGCAUUUGGUGUGUAUGGAAGCUUUGUUGUGGAUGUCAUUGUUACCAUCUGCGAUUAUCUCGACAUCUGGUGCUUGACAAUCAAGCACCCUCACGUCGAGGCAGCUGUGUCGAAGCCCAAUGGCAUUAAGAGCCACUAAAGGCAUGGCUCGAGAUGACGUGAACACCUUCGUACCCAAGCAUGCUUGGUACGCUGUACAGUGCGGCACCAUGUGAUUUAAGAGGGGAAAAAGUUUCAAAAGGAGGCGACUGGAGAGGAUGGCAAGAAGAAUGGAGAAGAAAAUGAAAGAAAAGGCAAGACUUUAUAACGCGACAUGACGGAUCAUACAGACUAUACAGGCACGAGGCCUACAUACGGAAGACAGAUGAGGGGAUUUUUAUAUAGACCGGUGGCAGACAACUCUUUCAGCACGAGGUUUAGAAUUAUUUGAUGUUAGCUACUCACUUGAGCUUUUCAAAAUGAUGGGGCGUUUUUAGGAAUAUUUUCCGCUUUCCCUCUUUUUUCCAGCAUAUUUUCAUGUAUCCUCGUGUGUAAUAGAUAUCGGGCUUGGUGGAAGGCUACAUGUAUCCAGAUGUACCUAGAUGCAAUAGUUAGAACCUCGAUUUAUCAAAUUUUCGAUUGCGAUACU